UAAAUAUGCUGCUCUCAUUUUGUCCGUCACUAGGAAAAGGAAAAGACACAACUAUUCUUUCGGUCCUUACAAUUUCUUAACAACUUCUGCAAACCUUCCGUUACAUUUCUCCUCAUAUCUCUAUAUACCAUAAAACACAAUCCAUUUCUUCAAGUUUGAUACACAACACCUUAAUCAAAAUGCAGUCCUUGAGCUCCCCCAGCUUCAACACCUACUCCCCUUCCGAUAAACUCUCCCAAAUCGCCGCCAGAGUCGUCGAUGAAUUCCAAUCCGACGACGAAUUCAUCUUCGAACACAACAAUAACGACAACAAUAAUAACGAAGAAUUUAUCGUGAAUAAUCACGAUGAUAAUCAAGAAGGAGAAGAAGACGACGAAGAAAGCGAAUUCGAGUUCCCUCAGGCUCCACUAUCUCCGAUUCCAGCCGACGAAAUCUUCUCCAACGGCCAAAUCCGUCCCGUCUAUCCACUCUUCAACACCGAAUUAGUCUUCGGAAACACGGAAACAUUUCCUCAAAUCAGCUCAUAUAUCAUCACUCCUAAGGCUUCCGCGAGAUUACCUCUCGGAAAACUAUUCAUCGAAGAGCGCGAAAAUUGUACUACGUCGUCGUCGUCGUCAUCGUCUGAAUCCGACGAGCUUGAUAAACUUCCGGCGGAAACAUAUUGCGUAUGGAAGCCAAACACCGGAGAUAAUCCCCGGGAGCUGCGGAAAAAGAGCAGCUCCGCGGGGACUAAUUCGAAGAGAUGGAAGUUUCGAGAUCUUUUGCAUAAGAGCAAUAGUGAUGGAAACGAGACUUUCGAUUUUCUAGGGCACAAGAAAGCUCCGGUGAAAGAGAGCGAUGCGCGGCGAUCUUACUUGCCGCACAAGAAAGAUUUGGUCGAACUUUUUUUUAACGUCAAUGGUGUUAGCCGGCAUGUUAAUCCGUAUUGAUCGGUUUUGUGGGAGCUUUGUUUUAUUUUUAUUGCUAUAUUGUUUUAUCGGUUUUUCUAUGGUGUGCCCAUGGGCACAUGCUAAGCACGGAAAAUUUUGUGUUUGAAAGAUUUUGAUUGGCUUCUCUCUCUUGAUAAUGGUGGACCCCUGCAAAUACACCAACCACACCAAUCAAAAUCUCCCAAAUACAAAAAUUUCCGCGCUUAGCAUGUGCCCAUGGGCACACACUAGACAAACCGUUGUUUUAUUGCGUUACUUCUUAUUAUUGUUAUAUUUUUGGUUUAUAGUUACGUAAUAAGUAAUUGUAAAUUGUAAACACCGCUGCAUAUAUUUUUGUUUUUGUAAAGUUUAUCACGUUUAUAUAAAAUGAUUUUUGGGAUAUAAAUUGAUUUUUUUUUUAUGUAA